GUGAGCUACUUAUAAUCAGGUUAACUCAAAAUCAUAAGACAAAACAUCACUAGAGUAUAAAUUGAACAAUUGUUUUUGUGUUUAAACAGUACGAUGAUCAACUCAAUUUAUUUCUUCGUCUUCCUCUUACUUAAACAAUGUGCUGGUAAAUACAUUUCUUUAAGUUCUAAUGACUGGACUCUAACUGAUCAUUCAAAUCAAUAUGUGAUCAGCAACGUUUCUGUCCCCGGUGGUUUGUACACUGAUUUACUCUCAGCUGGAAUAAUUGACGAUCCAUUGUAUGAUAAAAAUGAUGUCAAUUAUCGCCAUUUCUCAAAGUUAAACUGGACUUGGAGUAAAUUGUUCAACUUGGAACCUGAAGAUUUGAAAUCUAAAAAUGAAAUUUAUCUUAUUGUUGAGGGUAUCGAUACAAUAUCCAAUAUUUACAUCAAUGAAAACCUCAUCGGAGUUUCUAGGAAUAUGUUUGUUCGUUAUGAUUUCGAGAUAAGCAGAUAUCUAAAACCUGGUUCCAAUUUUAUCAAAGUUGAUAUACAAUCUCCAGUUAGCUAUGCUAAAACUCAAUUUGACAGUUACAAAGCCAAUUUCAAUUAUUCAAUUGUACCAGAGUGUUGGCCUGAUGUUUACAAUGGAGAGUGUCAUGCCAACUUCAUCAGAAAAAUGGCUGCGUCUUUCAGUUGGGAUUGGGGUCCAGCUUUUCCUUCCUCUGGAAUCUGGCUACCAAUAGGAAUUGAAAUCGUAGAAUCAACAUGUGCAUUCGACAAUUUUUGGGUUACUCUAAAUGAAUCCAAUGAUAAUGGUGAUUGGAUAAUCAAUACGGUCCUUGCUUUAGAGAGACCUGUUACUGGAAAGGAGUUUGAUGUUCAAGUCACACUUUCAACUGAUGAUGAUAUUUUCGAGACGAAAUUUAUUAUUUACAAAGGUUCUCUAAUUUUAAAUUCAUCUGUCACCAAUUAUGCUCUUCCAAGUAUUUCUGUUGACCGAUCUCGUGUAGGUUUUUGGUGGCCAAACGGGAUGAUGACUUAUUCUAACGAUCGAAUCAUUCAAAGACCUCGUACACUUUAUAAUUUAACAGUUAACCUACUAAAUUUGAACGAUUCAAUGAAUCAAUCUAAAACCAAAAGAAUUGGAUUCCGAUCUAUCAAGCUGAUUCAAGAGAAACCAACGGCUGGCCAAAUUAAAUUAUCCAAUGGAGAAUAUCAAGUGGCUACUAUGCCUGGUCUUUCAUUUCGAUUUGAAGUAAACGGAGUUCCCCUGUUUAUCAAAGGAACGAAUGUUAUCCCUACAUCGGUAUUUCCAGAAAAUGAGUCUAGAGAUAAAGAAUAUGUAAAGAAACUUUUACAAACUGUUGCCUAUUCUUCAAUGAACAUGAUUCGUGUUUGGGGAGGAGGAAUUUAUCAAACUGAUUAUUUCUACGAUUUAGCAGAUGAACUUGGUAUCCUUAUAUGGCAAGAUUUCAUGUUUGCAUGUAUGACUUAUCCUACUGAUCAGGAGUUUCUGGAUAAUGUUGAAAGUGAGGUCCAAUAUCAAGUAACCAGAUUGGCUCAUCAUCCAAGUAUUGCUCUUUGGUCUGGAAAUAACGAAGAUGAGACAGCAAUUGCAACGGGUUGGUGGCCAGAAUUGCAAUCAAACUUUACUCGUUAUGUUGAAGACUAUUUGAAGCUGAACAAAGAUACGAUAAAAGAAACUGUGAAAAAAUUUGAUGCCGAACGAAUAUUUAUCUCAUCGAGUCCAUCAAAUGGAGAUGAAACUGAAGCUGAAGGUGGUUUGGCUGUUAAUCCCAAUGAUGUUUUAUUUGGUGAUGUUCACUUUUACACUUAUAGCGCCAAUGCAUGGGAUCAAAGUCAAUUUCCUGAAGCUCGGUUCGUUUCUGAAUACGGAUUUGAAUCAUAUUCAUCAUACGAAUCUUUGGCUUCUGUUAUCCCACCAGAGAAACUUACUUAUCCAUCAGAUUCUUUGGAGCAUCGACAGCAUCAUCCAAAUGGUACAAAUGAAAUGGAUGCCAUGAUCAACAAUUAUUUUAGAUUACCUGCGAAAACUGAUUCGAAUGGUUUACGGAAAAUAAUUUAUCUAUCUCAAUGUCUUCAAGCAAUGGCUGUCAAACUGGAAACAGAAGUUUAUCUUAGAAAUCGAAAUGUUGAUCCGUUCACUGGAGCUAAAAUGACAUGGGGUGCAAUGUAUUGGAUGUUAAAUGAUAUUUGGGUUGGCACUUCAUGGUCAAGUCUAGAAUUUGGAGGAAAAUGGAAAAUGCUUCAAUAUUACAUGAAAGAUGUUUUCAAUCCUGUCCAUGGUCAAAUCUAUAAGAAGCAAGAUAAGGAUAGUGAAUCGAUCGAAGUUGUCAUUAAUAAUGAUGUUUCCCAUAAACUCAAAUUUUCGGUGACUAUUGACGUUUACAAGUUUGAUUCAUUUACUCAUAACACAGUAAUUACUGGCAUAGCUGAAGUAGACAGUUAUGCUGCUGAUAUUAUUUAUUCCCUUAACUUGAAUCAGUUGGUUGGUAAUAGCACAAUAUGUUCCGAUUACACCGAUUGUCUGGUCCAGCUUCGAUACAAUAUUAUACCAUCAAGUAAUUCAACCGACUUGAUUCAAGGCGAAGACUUUCUUUUCUUAGCUAAGCCAAAAGAGUUUAAAUUAAAAGAAACUAAAAUCAAUGUUGUCAGUGUAAUUAAAAUCAACGCCAUGGAAAGGGUGGACCAGAAUUACGUUUCCGAUAAUUUCUCAAAUCAUUUCAUUAUAACACUUUCUGCUGAAUAUCCGGCAUUAUUUGUUUGGCUUGAUUUCGAGAUGGGAUCAGGAAUUGACGGAGUAUUUUCAUCAAAUGGUUUCAUGAUGGUUAAACCAACAUUACAAGUAUACUUUGAGACGAAUAAUCAUACUGUAACGGCCGACAACAUCCAUAACCUUUUGGUUAUCACCCAUUUAAAAGAAAAUAUGUAAUUUCUUUGAAUCAAAUCAAACUUUGCCAUCUUAUUAAACUGAACAUUGCAUGAA